GGCAGUCGUCCGUCUAGGUUACUAUAGAGGUCAAUGGUCAGCUGACUACGGCAAUAAUUGACGAUACCUCGACGGUUCGUGGCGGGUUGCCUUGUGCACGGUAGGGCAGAGAUCUUCUUGCCAUUUUUUUAUUUCAAUUUGUGUGUAGUUACGUGGCUGAACCAGAGAAGAGUUUUGUUUUACUUGUACCGUCGCUUUUAUCGUUGACGCUAGCAUUCAUUUAUUCUUUUUAGAUGGAAAAUAUGGCAAUGCGGCUGUUUGCACACGUGCCAGAGUGGGUGUCUCAAGGAUUAACCGCUGCCUAUUUCAAGGCGCAGAAGGUGUCGGCUCUGGGCUUCAGCCGUCAGUUCCACAGUCACCAGCGCACACUGCAGCAGCCCGACAUGCGGGUCAGAAUAAUACCUGCCCUGCAAGACAACUACAUGUAUCUGCUGGUAGACGAGUCCUCCAAACAGGCGGCCAUUGUCGACCCGGUGGAGCCCGACUCAGUGAGGGCAGCUGUCAAGGAGGAAGGGGUGGAACUGACUACCGUGCUGACCACACACCACCACUGGGACCACGCGGGUGGUAAUGAGAAGCUGGUGGCUCAGGUGCCCGGACUGACUGUGCUCGGAGGUGACGACCGUAUCGGAGCGCUGACCAGAAAGGUGGCGCACGGCGACACCCUCACUGUCGGGGCCCUGAAGAUUGAGUGCCUGUUCACACCGUGCCACACCACGGGCCACAUCUGCUACAUGGUUCGCGGCCAGGAGGGCGAGGCGCCCGCCGUCUUCACAGGUGACACGUUGUUCCAGGGUGGGUGUGGACGGUUUUUCGAGGGCACCGCUGAUCAGAUGUACAAGGCGCUGGUACAGACGCUCGGCCAGCUGCCUGAUGAUACGAAGGUAUACUGCGGCCACGAGUACACGCUCCAGAACCUGGCGUUCGCCGCGCACGUCGAACCAGACAACGAACAGAUAGCUGCCCGAAUCGACUGGGCGCGCUCCCAGCGGGCCAAGGAGGAACCCACAGUUCCGUCCACCAUCGGUCUGGAGAAGCAGAUCAACCCGUUCUGUCGCGUGCACGAGCCGCCGGUCCAGAGUCACACAUCUACCACUGAGCCGGUGCCUACCAUGGCCGCACUACGGGCCGAAAAGGACCAGUUCAAGGCCAAAAAGUGAGCCGCCGCGGAACAGCGAGAGGAGGCUGUGAGGGAGAGAUGUGGGGAGGAAGGAGCGGAGAAUAAGAGAAGAGAAUGUGAACUGUAUGGGGGAGUGGGGAGGAGAGUUGGCAACACUGGAAAUCUACGUUGAUUGUUAUGAGGGGCUACAGCUGAAGUGAUCAGUGGUGGAGCUCGAUGUAUUGUUUAUACUGUCUGCCGUUAAAACGUGAAACGUCGUUCAUUGUCGAUGGACGUGUUAGAGCCGAACUAACAGCCUGCACAUGACUCUCUCAGCAUUAUUAGUGUAAUGUAGUUAUAGACCUACAUGGAAUUUAACAAUGACUGAUGUAUAUAUAACCACACUUAUCAGCACCUACAGCCUAAUAUAGGUAGUCCUAAUUUCUAAAAGGAUGCUUUUUGUGAUAGACAUUCAAAGGUUAGUAGAUACCUCUCGUGUUAACUUGGUUAGGAUUAGCCUAUUAAUUAAUCUGUGUUUAGGUUCCUAUACCGUUACUCAUUAGCACCGGUGAACAGGGCUGCUGUUUCGAAUAAAUCGGGCUUACUUUCAUGUCCGUCUUCUUCAGCCAUUGGGGUUCAGUUCCCAUUAGGGACAGGCGACUUUGUGCUCCCCGGGCCAUGUGCCGCUUGGAAUAGAGUUUGCUGAGAGCUGCGGUUGGAGGUGAGGCGGAUUUGUGGUCUAAUCCAUAAACUUACUAGCCUGUUUUGAAUUCCGUCAUUUCGUACCUUUUUCUGAAGAAGUUGGUCGGAUUUUAUUUUCGCAUGUCUCUGGACUGGAUUGGGUAUCACUUACCAUUUGUGCCCACUGCCCACGGAUCUGCUGCCCACGGUCUAUAAUAAUACAUACACAUUUCUACCUAAAACAGCAAUAAAGGCUUGUCUAGCAGGGAACGCUGGUUUUGCGUCAGGAUUAGUUGAUCUAUCGCAUUAUGUACCGCUGAUCCACUCACCUGGCCAAAUAUGAUUCUCAUAGGUGGGUUAUCUGUUGUGGACUGGGUGCAGAAUAUGCUUGCGGUGCCGCACAUAUGUGAAUAAACGGACAAAUACGA